AUGAUUUCUUCGAGUUGCUGGGUACCAAGAGGCUUUGCUGCCGAAUUCCCAGAAAAAUACGAAUUGGACGAUGCCGAGAUGGAGAGAAUAACCCAGAUGGCUCAGUUGGAGUUGUCAGAUGCCAAAGCUGACUUGCAAGAGGCUCAGAAAAAAGAGUUCAAGCUGGAGGAGGAUAUCGAUGAUGACUUGAAAGAGUACAACCUAGAUACUUAUGACGAUGACGAAGAGGAGGAGGGCGAGACUGUGUCCAUGUUCCCAGGUCUCAGUAACACCGAUGCAUCCUACAAGGAGGACGAAGAUGGUGAUGGCUACCUUUCGUUACCAACUGCUGCUGAGGAAAAGCAGGAAAAGCAAGAAUUGCAGGUCUACCCAACCGAUAACUUGGUGUUGGCCACAAGAACCGAGGACGAUGUCUCCUAUCUAGAUGUGUAUGUCUACGACGAUGGUGCUGGUGCACCAGAGGGAUCUGAGUUGGAGAAGGGCGAUGAAUUGGAUGAAGAUGUCGCUCAGGGUAUGACCAGAGAGUCCAACUUGUACGUGCACCACGACUUGAUGUUACCUGCUUUCCCACUUUGUGUCGAAUGGGUGAACUUCCGCCCUGGUACUAGUGGAGAGGACAAUGCUGCCAACAUCGGUAACUUUGCUGCAAUUGGUACGUUUGAUCCUCAGAUCGAGGUGUGGAACUUGGACUGUGUCGACAAGGCCUUCCCCGACAUGAUCUUGGGCGAACCACAGCAAAACUCCUUCCAGUCAUUGCUGAAGAAGAAAAAGAAGAAGAGCAAGGGUAAGUUUGUUUCCACACACCAUACCGACGCCGUUUUGUCGUUGGCUCACAACAGAACUCACAGAACUGCAUUGGCUUCUACAUCUGCCGACAAGACAGUGAAGCUCUGGGAUCUCUCGCAAGGUACCGCCGUCAGGUCUCUCAAUGAUGUCCACCAGGGCAAGACUGUCUCGCUGAGUCUGUGGCACGCCCAAGAGGCCUCCAUCUUAUUGACCGGUGGUUACAACGGCGCUGGAGCCAUCUCCGAUGUCAGAAUCUCUGACGACAGCCAAAUGACCAAAUCAUACUUUGUUGGCGGUGGCCAGGACGUUGAAAGCGUUCAGUGGGGCGCCCAACCAGAGAUCUUCUACGCUGGUACUGACGGUGGUAAUGUCUACUGUUUCGAUAUCAGAAACCAGGACAAGCCCCUCUGGACUUUGCAUGCCCAUGACACUGGAAUCUCUUCCUUGGACGUCAGCAGUCACGUUCCCGGCAUGUUGAUCACAUCUGCCAUGAGCGAAAAGCUUGUGAAGUUGUGGAAGGCACCAACCGAGGCCAACAAGGGUCCCUCAAUGGUCUUAUCCAGAGACUUCGGUGUUGGUAACGUUUUGACCUGUUCUUUCGCCGGUGAUGCUGAGGUUGCUGGUAACAUGACUGUGGGCGGUGCCUCCGGUCCUUUGAAGAUGUGGGACUGUUUCUCCAACAAAUCCGUGAGAAACUCUUUCAAGGAGGAAUUGAAGCAGCUCCAAAAGGUGGCUAGAGAAGAGGCUGCUCAGCGUGGCCGUGCAUCCAGAAUCGCCAGAAAGUAUCAUGGUGAUGCUAAGGAGACAUUGAUGACAGCUGAGGCUGGUGGUUUCACCGACGAGGAUGAUUCGGACGAUGAUGCGGGCAUGGAGGAAUAA